AUGGCCACACCCUUUGGCCCCUUGGACGCCCGCCUUGACCGCAUUGAGUCCACUCAGGAGCUCAUCCUCCAUCAUCUCGGUGACCCCUAUGUUCCUUUCCACUACUCGUCCGGGGCCUCCACUUCUGGUGGAGGACCUUCUGCUCCCGGGCAACAGGAGGAUGACGACUACCAGACUGGUGGAGGCGACUAUCCUGGCUCUGAUUGA